UCCACAGCCUUCAUGUCUGACAGCACAUGGGGAAGGAGAAGAAAGAGGAAACUGACUGACUGACGCCUUUUCUGACUUUCUGACGCAACGGGGAACUUUUUGUCCAUGUCACCAGCAAACCUGAGGCCAGGACACCCAACAGCCUGUAGCGCAGCUCUUUGCCUUUUCCACGGAUUAAUUUAACCACACCGGGAUUCGAUAACCUGGUUAUGGAUUUCAACCUGCUGACGGACAGUGAAGCCCGCAGCCCGGCGCUGUCGCUCUCCGACUCCGGGACCCCGCAGCACGAGCAGGGAUGUAAAGGCCAGGACAACAGCGACACUGAUAAAUCCCACCAGAACCAGCUGGAUGAGUCCAGCGCUGAGGACAGCUCUCUGAAGAAGAAGCAGCGGCGGCAGAGGACUCACUUCACGAGCCAGCAGCUCCAGGAGCUGGAGGCCACCUUUCAAAGGAACCGCUACCCCGACAUGAGCACCAGAGAGGAGAUCGCAGUGUGGACCAACCUCACUGAAGCACGGGUCAGGGUAUGGUUCAAGAACCGCCGUGCUAAGUGGAGAAAGCGGGAGAGGAACCAGCAGGCAGAGUUAUGCAAAAAUGGCUUUGGUGCCCAGUUCAAUGGACUCAUGCAGCCCUAUGAUGACAUGUACACGGGCUACUCCUACAACAACUGGGCCACCAAGAGCCUAGCAAGCAGCCCGCUCUCCGCCAAGAGCUUCCCAUUCUUUAACUCAAUGAAUGUAAGCCCCCUAUCAUCCCAGCCCAUGUUCUCUCCCGCCAGCUCCAUCCCCUCCAUGAACAUGGCCUCGAGCAUGGUGCCCUCAGCGGUGGCCGGUGUUCCCACUACGGGGCUCAAUAACCUGGGCAACCUUAACAACCUCAACAGCCCCACAGCGCUCAACUCGGUAGCAGUGACCGCGGCCACAUGCCCCUAUGCCACCACAGCCAGUCCCUACAUGUACAGAGACACCUGCAACUCCAGCCUGGCCAGCCUGCGGCUCAAGGCCAAGCAGCACACCAACUUCGCUUAUCCGGCAGUGCAGAACCCCGUGUCCAACCUGAGCCCCUGCCAAUAUGCUGUUGACCGGCCGGUAUGAAGAAGAAGCUCCGAUGACGACCCCUGACCCAACUGACCAGCUGUAAGUCCUUUAUUACCCCACUUCACAUCUCUUCAGCUCAUCUCUUACUGCCAGACGUGCGGCAGACUGGCACAUCAUGUUUUGAUGGUACACAAUGAGAAUAAUCUUCAAAACUGACACAACAAAUAGACAUGCCCAGAUGGACCACUGCAUUUCAAAGGAAUUCUUUCCAGUUUGUGAGACUUUGUUGCUGAACUGACCAACUGCUUCAAAGGAUUUCUAAAGAUUAUAACCAUUAUCAUUUUUUCCUUCUUUUGAACUGCAUGAUUAGAAUAAACGUAGAAACCAAGAGUAAAGAAAACAUGGAUGCUUCAACUGGACUGGUGGUCAACAUCUUGGCCCAAAAUCAUCAAAGGCGAUCUUUGCUGCUGUUGCAGGAAAAGGGACCUGUGGUUGCAAAGUGGGAGAAAUGGAGGAUGUAUAUAACGGACUUUUUUGUUUUGUAUGUGACAAAAAAAUAUAUGAAAACGUACUUUAAAGAUGAGAAAAGCAUGUUUUUCAAACGCAAAGGCCCUAGGUUUAUGUACUAUGAGCACAUCCUUUUGGAACUUUAAACUUUGUUGUGAAUUCUUCUCCCCUUGGAAGGUCAUAGGUCAAAGGUCAGCUUGGGUGGGCAGUCCUGACCACAACCUCAAGCAUUCAGAACACAUACAGAAUAUCAGAUUUGUCAAGUAAAACUCUGAAAAGCCAUUGAGUAUAUAGAUUUGUGUGGUGUUAUACAAAGGGAGUCCAUGACUGUAAAAAUGUAUGUAAGAGUGCAGUUGUCAUAACAAAAAACAAGCUUUUUUUCCUGGUGUAGCCUGCUUUGUCUCAUUAAAG